CCGGUGGCUACGGGAGGGGCUCCGCCACGCCAGGGGCGCCCGCAAGCCAUGUCGGCCCGCGUCUCCGCCCGCCUCCGCGGCGCCGGCGCGGGGGUGACGGACGCGGCGCGUUGGGAGCCCUCCGCGCUGCGCUUCCUGGAGGAGGCGCAGGAGAACGCCAGGAGGCGCCACCCAGCCGACGGCGGUCCGCCAGAGGCCGCCGCUGGCGCGCCCGAAGCCAGCCCGAUCGCGACCGCCGCGCCGCUGGGCCAGCAGGGGCGCAAGAAGGUGCAGCCCAAGUACCUCCGCGCCGCGUGCCUCGACGCGUCGCUGUCCCUGCCGCUGGCCCGGGGCGUCAAGCCCGCUAAGCCGCCCCCGCCGCCGCAGCUCCCUCUGGAGGAGGGCCCGCCCGCGCUGUGGGUGGUGGAGUCCCCCGCGACCGUGGAGGUGAGCACGGACGGCGGCACGUGGCACAUCCCAGGCCGCGCGUGGCUCGCGCUGGACCUGGCCGCCCCCGGCGCGCCCGAGGACGGCACGGCUGGCGGUCGGGCGCUUUGCCCGGGCGCUGGCGGCGGCUGCAUCCUGGAGACGGGCGGCGCCGCGCUGCUCCGGCGCGUCUCCGAAGACCGGUUGACCGCCAAGGCAGCGGAGGCGAACCUCAGGCGCGCCCUGCGCGGCUCCAGCGUCGUGGCGCUGAAGCACGCCGCGCUCAUUGCGAAGGAGGUCGGCCAGCGCAGCGGGAGCGCGGAGGAGGCGGCGGCGCCGGACCCUGAGGGCCGGGAGCCGCUGCACGCGCCCCGGACAUGCAGGGAGUUGGCCCGGGAGGCUGACGAGUGGGCCGCGAG